GUCUUGGAGUGAACCAUGAUCUCACCAUUCUUAGUGCUGGCCAUUGGCACCUGCCUUACCACUUCCUUCGUGCCAGAGAAAGAGAAAGACCCCAAGUACUGGAGAGACCAAGCUCAGCAGACCCUGAAAUAUGCCCUCACACUUCAGAAUCUCAACACCAACGUGGCUAAGAAUGUCAUCAUGUUCCUGGGAGAUGGGAUGGGUGUCUCCACUGUGACGGCCGCCCGCAUCCUCAAGGGUCAGCUGCACCACAACCCUGGGGAGGAGACCAGGCUGGAGAUGGACAAGUUCCCCUACGUGGCCCUCUCCAAGACGUACAACACCAAUGCCCAGGUCCCUGACAGCGCAGGCACGGCCACCGCCUACUUGUGUGGGGUGAAGGCCAACGAAGGCACGGUGGGGGUGAGCGCAGCCACCCAGCGCUCCUACUGCAAUACCACUCAGGGAAACGAGGUCACCUCCAUCCUGCGCUGGGCCAAGGAUGCCGGAAAAUCCGUGGGCAUCGUGACCACCACACGAGUGAACCACGCCACCCCCAGUGCCACCUAUGCCCACUCUGCUGACCGGGACUGGUACUCGGACAAUGAGAUGCCCCCAGAGGCCCUGACCCAGGGCUGCAAGGACAUUGCCUACCAGCUCAUGCACAACAUCAAGGACAUUGAGGUGAUCAUGGGGGGAGGCCGGAAGUACAUGUUCCCCAAGAAUAGAACCGACGUGGAGUAUGACUUAGACGAGAAGGCCAGGGGCACACGGCUGGAUGGCCUGAACCUCAUCGACAUCUGGAAGAGCUUCAAGCCGAGACACAAGCACUCUCACUACGUCUGGAAUCGCACUGAACUCCUGGCCCUCGACCCCAACACCGUGGACUACCUCUUAGGUAAGGGGUCUGGUGUGGCGCCUGGCACGUGGCAGUUCCCCAUCAAUGAAAGGUGAACCCAGCAGUCGUAUGGAGGCUCGGGGGUGCCGAUCUUCUUCCCUUCCCCCUCACCUGAGGCCUUUGCCUUGGUGUCCCAAGGAGGCAGGAUUGACCAUGGGCACCAUGAGGGCAAGGCCAAGCAGGCGCUACACGAGGCAGUGGAGAUGGACCAGGCAAUCGGGCAGGCAGGCAACAUGACCUCCCUGGAAGACACGAUGACCGUCGUCACUGCUGACCACUCCCACGUCUUCACCUUUGGCGGGUACACCCCCCGGGGCAACUCUAUCUUUGGUCUCGCCCCCAUGGUAAGCGACACGGACAAGAAGCCCUUCACUGCCAUCCUGUAUGGCAAUGGGCCUGGCUACAAGGUGGUGGGCGGUGAGCGAGAGAAUGUCUCCAUGGUGGACUACGCGCAUAACAACUACCAGGCACAGUCUGCCGUGCCCCUGCGCCACGAGACCCACGGCGGGGAGGACGUGGCGGUCUUUGCCAAGGGCCCCAUGGCACACCUGCUGCAUGGCGUCCACGAGCAGAAUUACAUCCCUCACGUGAUGGCUUACGCGGCCUGCAUCGGUGCCAACCGCGACCACUGUGCCUCAGCCAGCUCAUCGGGCAGCCCCUCCCCAGGCCCCCUGCUGCUCCUGAUGGCGUUGCUUCCCCUGGGCACCCUGUUCUGAAGGCCCAGGGCCCGAGCGCCCACCAGCCCAUGACAGAUGGCCAGCCUCCCUCUCCCAGCGCCGCACGCCGCCUGGCAGCCCACACCUCAAGGGGCAAGGAGGUGGGAACCUCCGCAGCCUCUGCAGCUGCCAGAAAGGGGACCCGGGAAACCAAAGUCUGCUGCCCACCUUGCUUCCCUCUGGAACUCUCCACUGGGGCCGGACCAGUUCCUGGUCUGCUGCCUCUGCACUCACCCCGAUGCCCCUUUGGCCAAUAGGGUAGAUUUCUCUUGGGCAGGCAGAGAGCACAGACUGCAGAAAUUCUCAAAGCAUCUUAUUUUUCUAGCAAACAUAUUUCUCCACACCUGGAGGCCCUGGAGUGUCCAUGGAACAUUCCAGAUCUGACCUUCCCAUUCCCUUCUCCUUCCAUCUGGGACCCACCAGGUCCCACCAUGCUCAUGCCCCAGCCUGCAAGGGAGACCAAGUCCUUCUCCUCAGGACAGGGUUUGCUCACUCACUCAUUCCAAGGCCGCCCAGGGCUCCCAGGAAGUUGGCUCCUGGGACUGCCUGUCCAACCCCAGGGUGGCCUGGGCUGGGAGGAGCAGCCUGGCCGGGCAGACACGUCCCAGCUCCCAACACACAUGCCAGCUCCUCUCUGAAGCGACUCUCCUGUUUGGAACGGCAAAAAAAAAAAAAAAAUUUUUUUUUCUCUUUUUGGUGUUGGUUAAAAGGAAACACAAAACAUUUAAAUAAA